AUGAUUGUGUGUGAUGUAGGAUUCGAUCGAAACGCCCAAUACGCAACGUACAUUGCCUCGCUCCUCGAGAACAAGGAGGCAGCCGACAAACUCGACUUUAGACUUCCUCCUACCUUUAUCGCCCAUGUAGUCCACAUCAUCCACGCGCUAUGGGCCCACCUCGCGCCCAUCUACACACUCUGCCACGGCGCCCAGGGCGCUCACAACACCACAACGCCAAUCCCCGCCCCCAUCUUCGCCGCCCUGCACCAGAUUGUCACGCAAGCCGGACUGCUCAGCCUGCUUAUGCGACUGGACAGACACACGGUCUACUACUUUGAGCCACUGUUCAAAGAGAACAAGUACGACCCCGACCGCAUGAAAUGCAUCAACCAUGCCGACAUGACGCAGCGGAAUCCACGUACACCCGUGGAGAAGCUGAGCAAGGCGGAGCAGGAGCGUCGUGCCAGGCUGUCAGAGGCCGAGAAGCAGCGGGCGCGCGGCGAUGAAGCUCUCACGCAAAUCACCAUCAUGAGGGGCCUGUGUGCGUAUCGGCGCGGGGGGUGGGAGACGGGGGAUAGCACGGCGGAGGUACCCAAGUUUGAAGAUGCUGCGUCUGAGAAUCAGGGGAUUAGGGUGAGGAUGCUGACGCAUGGGUGGGUGUAUUGUCGCUGGGGGAGAGCGCGGGGGUAUAGUAAGGGGAAAGUUGGGGCUAGUGGAGAUGAGAAGCUGCAUGGUGAUGCUUGGAAGGGCGGAUUUGUGGAGUUCACAGAUGUUGAGGGUGUACCGAAUUGGUUGGAGAUGGAUAGGCAAGAGAGAGGUGCGAAUGCAGCUGUUGACAAUAGGAAAGGAAAGGGAAAGGCCAUGGAGAUACAUGACGAGUCAUCAGAAGACGAAUUAUACCGCUGA